AUGACGGACAAGGUUACUUCAUGGACCGAGUGGCUCAAAGAUGCCAUUUCAAAAAUUCGCUCCCAAAAACAAAGAUCCUCCGGCGAAAGAAUCGCUGCCGCUCUGAGGAUUCAGUAUCCUCAAUUUGGUGUUGGGGAAGUUCUUCGACGUUUGGACGAGUGUGUGAAGCGAGGUCAGCUGAUUCGGCUGAGCAUCAAUGGCCAAGUUUCUUAUCGGGAUGCGAAUGCGAAGUCGAGAACGUUAAUCAUUCGUAAGGGUGAUGAUUUAACAAAGUUACUCGUUCGGAGUAUGCGAGAGCUUGGUGGCACGGAUGGCCAGCUUCUGAAGAGCAUAGCUCAGUACAUCACAACCUCCAACAAUGUCGUCAUGGAAUCAGGAGCCGACUUGAAUCUACAGCUUCAGCUGGCUGUCAAGAAAGCUUCCACGAAAGGUCUCGUGAAAUUGGAUGGCCGGCUGCUGAAGCUAACGAAGCUUGGCUCCAUGGGACCCAAGAAAGCCAAAACGAAUGGUCCAGGUUCUCCCGCGUCGCCACUGAAAAGACCGGAGCCGAAGAAACCGGAGCCACUCGGCGUCUGCUACAUUUGCUGGGGUAUUUCGAAACCGCAACCGCUGGACGAUCAGGAUGGAAGAUCAUCUAAGAGCCGAAAGCAGUUGCUGUCCUGCGAUGAGUGCGGGUCAUCGGCACAUCCUAGAUGCCUGAAGUACGACGAAGAGACUACUUCUCUUCUGCAGGACACUGUUUGGCUCUGUGACGAAUGCAAGCAAUGUUCGAUAUGCUUAGAACGUCGUUUUGAAAACAUUGUUCUAUUCUGUCUGAUGAGCGUAACAUUUUUCAUUGAAAAACCCCGUCGUAACCAGGAGCCGUUGAUCGCAUGUAAGCGGUGUGAUCUGGCGUUCCACUUCGCUUGUGUCCAUUUACCCGGAGCAACGUGGCGGAAAUUUCGUGAACACGAAACAAAGCAUCGUCGAGAACGAGGAGCGAAUGGUCGAGAACGUUCGCCGGGUGAAGAAGACGACGACUUGGAUGACGAAGAACCGGUGACUCGAGAUAAGUGGUUUUGUGCGACGUGUUCCGGCCGCGAUCCUGAGGCGCCGUCGGCCGCCGGGAAGAACAAGUUGCGUUCCACGCGUGACCGCCGUUCUUCGGGAGUACCUGAUUCCGUGGACUCGCUGGGGUCUGAAGAGUCCCGUGGCUCGACGACUCGUGGGCGCCCUCGGACUUCUGCUGGCGGCGGUAGUCCGACGAGAGGCAGUGCUGUGAAUUCUGGGAAGGGCAAUCGACCGAAUUCGCUGGGAAAAGUGGACCGAAAACCCACACGGUUGCGUGAGAAUGCGAGUGACGACGCCUCUACUGGUAUUGAUACAACACCGAAAUCGACCAGUGUUCCUGAGAAUGUAUCUUUGACGAUAGAACCGAUGGAACUUUUGCGACCACCCAAUUUGCCGUCGGGUGUAACAAUGAAAGACUAUGCGUUGUUCCGGCAGGCGCAAGAGCUCGCCGCAAAGGCAAUGAAAGCAAUAGAUCUGAAUAAUCCUACAUCGCUGUCGGAGAAAUGUUGUCCCGAGUCCAUCCAAAUCGGGAAGUUUGAUCUUUAUACGUGGUAUUCGUCGCCAUAUCCGCAAGAGUACGCAGGGUCAGUAAUUCCUCGAGAAUUAUCUUAUGGGGAAAUUUCUUAUUCGGAUAUUUUUCUCGUUUUCUUUUGUUACAGGCUAGAAAAGUUGUACUUGUGUGAGUUCUGCUUGAAGUACAUGAAGAGCAAAACUGUGCUUUAUCGACAUGUAGUCAAAUGUCCAACUCGACAUCCACCUGGGACAGAAAUUUAUCGGAAAGGGGACGUGUCUGUGUUCGAGGCAAGUAGCAUAUUCGUUAGAGGUUCAGAUUUAUAUGUCCUGCACCCUCAAGUUGAUGGAAAUGCAAACAAGCUAUAUUGCCAGAAUCUUUGCUUGUUGGCAAAGUUGUUCUUGGAUCACAAAACUCUUUAUUAUGACGUGGAGCCUUUCUUAUUCUAUGUGCUCACCAAGAAUGACACAAAGGGUUGCCACUUGGUUGGGUACUUCUCGAAGGAAAAACAUUGCGCUCAAAAAUACAACGUUUCGUGUAUCAUGACGUUGCCGCAGUACCAACGCCAAGGAUUUGGCCGAUUCCUGAUUGACUUCAGUUAUCUGCUUUCGAAAAUUGAACUACAGCCUGGUACUCCGGAGAAGCCGUUGAGUGAACUAGGCCGGUUAUCGUAUCACGCCUAUUGGAAAUCCGUUUUACUAGAGUACCUUUUUGCUCAACGCGGUCAGCCGCAUGUUCGAAUCUCGGAAAUCAUGAAAGAAACUGGGAUGCAUCCCCAGGACAUUGCGUACACUUUUCAAUUGCUGAAAUUUCUCCGGAAGGACCGAGUCGGACGGAUUGUGCUGUGUUACGAGGACAAACGCCUGGACGAGCACAUGCUGAAGCUGGCCAAGAUCAGUCGUCUCACCGUCGAUCCGUCGGCGCUUCGCUGGACUCCUCUGAUCUCCCCGAUGGAAGAACCCGACGAUGACGACGAAGACAACGUGUUGGCGGAAACCGAGUCCGGCGAGCGAAUAGACGACGAAUUGCCGCUCGUUAAGGCGUCCAGCGACGGCACGACGGAUUCGGACGAGUCCCGGAGUCGUCGAAGACGGAUCAUCCGCCGCGUCGAUUUCACAGACUCGAGGAAAAAUGCGAGGAGAGUUAAUCGCGGUGGUUUUGUGCGAACAGCGUCUUCGGGCCGGGGUGCUUCUAAGGUUGAAGAAACCAACGGGGUUUCUGAGAAGAAAUCAAGAUCAUUGUCUCGUGGGCGGAAUCCUUCAGCCCAGGAUUCCCUUUUGACCGGUCGAAACCGCAGCAGUGACAGUCAAGCAGCUCAAAUCAGCUAUUCCGACGAGGAAAACGCUGCGCCUUCCGACAGCGGAUCAAGGAGACGGAGUCUGGCCCAGGCACGAAGUUCCGUCGGUCGCCGUGCUGCAACAUCAUCCGGAGGAACAACAACAACAGCAGCAGCAGGUGCUACAGCUAAGCAAGACCAACAAGUCCCGCUGCUUCGCGUCAAAGCCCAGGGAAAGGGCAAAGGCAAGGGCAAGGGCCAGUCGAUCGACAUGACGUCGAAUCCCGGGGCGGCGGCGGCGACGACGCGACGGAAAUGCUCCGUUCCUGCUCAGGACGCCAAGGGAAACGCGUCGCGCGGGUCUUGGCGGUCCUCGGAACCCCAAUCGUCUGAUUCCGAGUACGAAGAGCAUAAAGAAGAUGACCUCGGGGUUCACGAACUGGAUCCCGGCCCGAGCACGUCCGGCUACCUGCCGCAUUCGGAUCGUGGGAAAGGCAAGGGUAAAGGGAUCGAGUUGCGCGGCGGGAAUGAAGUGAGUGCGUCUGGUGGGGAGGACCCGGAUGCGAGUGCGUCCGAGAGCGUGUGUUCGAGUGCGGACUCUGUUGCGAUGACUGAGGGUGUGUAUAAGCCCUCGGGAUCCCCGGAUAUCGACGCCAUGGCCAAGAAGAAACGGGCCAAGACGAACGUGUUCAAGCAGAUCACCUUUGGUCGGAGGAAGAAGAAGCGGAGGAAGAUUUCUGAAUAUCCCUCGCAGCCGGCGUCAGCCAAGAAGGAAUCCGAAAGCUCACACCCACCGAAGAAACCCAGACGACUCGUUGAACCAGACGGAUCGACGCGAGAACGCAGGGAAAGUUUGCGUGCCCGAGUGAACCCGGAUGACAAGCAAGAAGGUGUCGAAGAACCACCUCAGCAGUCGGCGAAACGGAGACGAUCUUCUGCAGAGAUUCAUGGUUCGGAAGGUGUGGUUUCAAGUCCUGCUGCGGACAGUGCUCCGGAAACAGCAGUUGACGGCCCGUGUACGAGAAGGUCGCAGACGACGUCGUCUUCGUCCCAGGUUGUCCCUGCCGAAGCCACGACGAAGGAGAGGAAGUCUCGUCGAGUGAAAUCUCAGAAAAUUCCGCCACCUGCAGCAUCUGCAACUGAAGCCAUUCCUAGCGGAGAACCUGAUAAAUCUGCGUCUGGAGCUGAAAGCAAAGGAAUCAAGUGUGACAAGAAAUCCGUCAGUGCAGAUGAUAUUUCGGCGCAUGAGCUUUCACCUGGUUCUCUAGUUUCCAGAAAAAGAAAACGCGAGCCGCUGCCGGAAGAACAUCCCCCGACUCGAGUCUCGUCCCGGAUCCGAAACCGCGAAGAAGCGCUCGCAACCAAACGCGACGAACCAGAUAAAGACGAUGCCACGGAAAAUGCGGAACCCUGCCCGAAUGACGUCGAAGACGGGCCACGUCCAACCAGUCCUGAAGUCAAGAAAGACGCUGACGAAACGAAACCACCGGCUGAAUCGAAGGUGGAGGCAGUUCCGGAGCCUCCUUCUAUCGAAGUUCCGCCAGAGCGAGAAGAAUCCGAUGAGAAAAUCAUCAAAGACGAGGAGAAACACGAAGAGCGAAAAGAAGAAGAAGAAGAAAAAGUCGUCAAAGUCGAGGAAGCCCCGUCAGCGCAGAUGACAUUGCCACCGGAACCAGAGGCACCUUCGGAAGUGCCUGAAGCUCCAGUCGCUGAAUUGCCGCCUUCAGAGGAAGAUCUCUGCGAUGAGCCGCCACCGAAGGCGACUCUAGAAGACGCGUCUUCGUCGAAAACCUCGCCGGAAGCUGAGAAGAGCGAAGAUUCCUCGUCGUGUCCGGCGUUGGACGAUGGUCCAGUUUUGAGGAAGCGUGGUGACGACGCAGACGAUGGUGGCUCGGGGCCCGGGAUCGACAAGAAACCCGUCGAAAUGUCUCAUGACUUUGAGGUUCUGGCGCAACCCGGUGGCAUCAUUUUGGAUGACCGGGAUUUGAAGGUGGGUCAGAUUCCGGGUCCGACAACUGGCUUGACCAAUGGGACCAACGUCACUUCGCCUACUCAGGAGUGUCGUGAAAUUCUGCUGAUGAACUCGGUUUUCAUUGCAAAUUCGUUGGAAAGCAGAGUGGCGAACGAGGAAUCCGGAAGCCUAGGAGUUUACACGCCGGAUUCGACGACGAAUUCCGUGGUGUCGGUGCACGGGUACAAUGGCGACAACGGAGAGGAAGUCGCUGGUCACGUCGCCAAUCUGGAGUCCCCGACGUCGAUCGCAAGUCAGGGCUCUGUGGACGCCCCGAUGCCGACGAGUUACGACGUUGCCCCGUGCGUACCGCCGCCUCCUGCAUUGGCGCCGUCGCAGCUGGGUCCUUUGCCGAUAGUGUCAGUCGCUGGCCCGGGCCAGCAGUUGGCUGCAGGAAUCACGACGUCGUCGUCGCCGACUGUGAUGCACCCGCAUCCUCAUAAUAAUAAUAAUCACCAUCAUCAGCCGCAGCAGCACCUACAACAGCCACAGCAACAACCGGGUUUAGUGCAUUCUUUGUCGCCGCAGGCACCAGUGCGGUCUCCGAUGCCGCAGUCGUCACCAGUGUCGAUGGCCAGUCCUGCAGCCAGUGCCGUCGUGACGCAGGGCCAGAUGUCCCCGAUGAUGCCGAUGUUGUCUGGCACGUCUCGUCAACAUUCGCAGCAGCAGGUGGCGAGUAAGCCGAUGCAUUCCCCGGGCAUUGUGACGGCGGUGCAUCAGCCGUGUCCGUCGCCGUUGCCGGCUUACCAUCACCAACAGCAGCAGCAGCAGCAACAACAUCAUCCCCAAGUUACCCCGCAGCAGCAGCAGCAUCAUCAUUAUCUCCUGAACCAGCAGAUGGCGGCUUCGGGACAUUUUUCGAAUGCGUCUUCACCGGCCCUGAUACCUCCUGUGCCGACUCCGUCGCCUUCGCCGGGGUCCUACAUGUCGCCGCAUCCGCAGAGCAGUCCGACCCUGUUGCACCAGCAGCAACAACCACAACAGCAGCAGCAGCAACAACCUCCGUCGAUGACACACGGCCAUCAUCUGCCCCAACAGCAGCAACAACAACAACAACACCAUCACCCAUCGCCCAAUGCUGCGCCGCCGCAACAACAUUCGACCCAAUUCCAACCGAGUCCAUCGCAGCAGCAGAACGCUGCUGCUGCUGUUACGCCUGGGCCAGGUGGCCAGCAGCAUGUGGCGCCGCAAGACGGACUAGGAGCCUAUUGCAAACCCGGUCUGGCGUCACCGUAUCAUGUUCAGGGCUCUGUUCCUCCGGCUGUUGCGUCUAAUGUAGGAUUGAGGAUCCCGUUGGACCCGUCUAUGGCGUCACCGAGCACCACCGGAAGAGAACCCGUGAUCCCGCUGCAGGUACCAUCAGCAGUGAAUGUGAAUGAAGCAGCAGCACCUGCGGGCCACUCGUCAUCAUCAACGUCGUCGUCGUCGAGGAACACUGGAGCACCUGGGAAUGGGCAGCAGCAACAGCAUCCCACAACAAUGACCAUACCCCAACCUCAGCCGCAGCAUCGGAGAUCUGCUGGCAGCGGUCGAGUUGGGAAAAAUAAUUCGUCUGGAUCUGCGUACCAACGGAUGGCGGCCGCGCAUCAGGCCGCCCCGGCCAUGCCGCCAGCCUACAUCAGUCCAGCUGCAGCGCCGUUUAUGAACCAGCCUGGCAAUCAUCACCUGCCGAUGCCGAACGUCAUGAACAUGAUGAACAUGCAUCCUCACCACCCGCAUCAUCAUCAUCCUCACCAUCAUCCGCACCAUCCAGCUGGCACACAUCACGGCUACGAGGCCGCCAUGCAUCAACCGUCGGCAGCCGCGGCGGCGGCGGCGGCGCAGAACAUGAACGUGUACGGGAAUCCUUACUAUGCCAACUUCAUGCCUCCUAUAAAUUCGGUCAGCAUGAACUCGGCCAUGCGACGGUGA